GAUUUUCUCUAAAACAUUCAAAUUCUGAAGGUUUAGAAAUGUAUUACGGAAAUAUGAUAAUCAGUGCUAUGAAUGACGUCACAAUUACCUGGUGGAUCGUCAUAUCCGCUCUGGCGCUCCUAGCGGUCAAGAUGGUGGACGAUAACUCCAAGAGGAAAAAAAGAAGUCAAAAUUUUCGCUCUCCUCCUGGGCCAAAAGGUUACCCGAUUUUAGGAAUUUUUCCAAGUCUGAUAAGAAAGCCCGCCCAUAUUGUGUUUGGGGAAUGGAGUAAAAAAUACGGGAAUGUGUACCAGUUUACACUCGGAGCUGGGACUUCCGUUGUUUUGGGAGACACAGCAACAGUGAGACUCGCUAUGCUGGGAAAAUCACCGGAUUUUGACAGCCGAUGCCAGUGGAGAUAUUGCUUCAAUAAAAUGUUCAGAGGUUUAUCGGUGCUGCCGUAUUCGUUCAAGUGGGUUAACACCAGGAGACGAACGCUUACUAUAUUGCGUAAUAUCGGUAUGGGAAGGUCGCUUAUGGAAGGAAAAAUACACGAGGAAACACAAUGUUUAUUGAAGUGUAUGUUGGAUUCCAGCCAGGACGGAAAAGUUAAUUUUGAACCACGUGACAUGCUUCGUCGCGCUCCAAUGAACACCAUUUGGUCCAUUUUGUUUGGCAAAAGGUAUGAUUAUAGCAACCCGUACCUACUGUACGUUAUGAAUACUGUGGUGUGGCUAGUUGAUUUCUUAGCCAAGGCAAGCGUGUUUGACGUUCUACCAAGCAGCUUGCGACACCUUGCGGGAUUUAGUUUGGAAACUUUCCACAACAAGCUGGAGACGUUGCACGCCUUUAUGACAGAGCGUGUAGAUGACCAUGCAAAGUCAUACGAAAGUGACGUCACAAGGGACUUUGUUGACGCGUGGAUAAAGGCGAAAAAAGAAGACAAGUUGAAAAUCCAGGAUUCGGAAGAUUCAAAUGACAUCAGUAGUCUUCCAGAUGUCAUCCAGGAUCUUAUCGUUGCGGGAGCACAUUCGACAGGAAUCGUUUUUAACUGGGCGGUCCUGCUACUUGUUCUAAACAAAAAGGAACAAGAUUUGUGCUAUCGAGAAAUUAUGGAUAAUGUUGGACCUACACGUGAAAUAAGCAUGUCUGAUCGAUCCAAGCUUCGGCGUGUUGAUGCUGUUAUGCAUGAGUGCAUGCGUAUAGGCACUGUACUGCCGUUGGUGGCGCACGCUACAGCAAGGGACACUACGAUUCACGGCUACAACAUAAAAGCUGGGACAGAAGUCAUUUACAACAAUUGGUUUAUAAACCGGAACGAAAAAGUGUUUCCGGAUGCAGAGAAAUUUAACCCCGAUCGUUGGAUUAAAAAAGACGGCAGUUUUCGGAAAGAACUCCUGCAACACUUUUUUCCCUUCGGAAUCGGUAAGAGAUCGUGUGCUGGAGAAUCGUUAGCAAGAGCUAAUCUAUUCAUCGUAGUUGCUACGUUGCUACAACGCGUAGAGCUAUUACCUCCAGAUGAAACAGCUUCACCAGAAAUGCUUCCUGAAGUGAAACACCAGUUCGGUUUACUUGCAGAAUGUAAGCCAUUUCUUAUGCGGGUGCGGUGUCGUCCAACUUUCGUUCCAUCUCAGUGAUUUCCCACGUGACACGUCCCACUUCAGCGCCCUGUACUUAACCCCCCGAACUCAAAUUGAUCGUAUUUUUAUUUCGGUGACGGGUAGCGGUAGUUUAUAUUAUUGUAAUUUUUCCGCAGUGUUGUCCACUGCAUUUUAACCACACGUGCAUAGUUCCAAACAAAACCGCUAUUUUAACCGGCAACACUGAAAAAUGUAAUUAAUUUAUUACGAAAAAAACGUUUUUCAAGAUUCUAAUCCCAUAUAAAUAAGCUUUUUUUAACGUUUGUUUUAGACUUUGGUGCUUUGUUUUAUGUUUUAUUCAAAUAGUUAUUGUUGUAGCCGGUUACAUUUUUUUUAUAAAUACUGUUUUAAAGUGUAUAUCAACUGUAAAUGUGUAAUUUACUACAACUAUUCGUUACGUGUCGAUUACCUUAAUAGAUUACAAUAUACCUUGAACUAGUUGAAUGGA